AAUAAUUAUAUGUUAUAUAUAACUAUUUAGUCAUGGGUAGAAUUUUAAUAUAUUCUUUUUCUUUCUGUUUUAAGACCAGUAUAAGGGAAGGUCUGCUGUUGAAACAAACCAGCUCUUUUCAGAGAUGGAAAAGACGCUACUUUAAACUCCGGGGCCGAACCCUUUACUAUGCCAAGAAUUCCAAGUCCUUAAUAUUCGAUGAGGUUGACCUGUCAGAUGCCAGCGUGGCUGAAUCGAGCACAAAAAAUGUCAACAACAGCUUCACGAUAAUCACCCCAUUCAGGAGACUGAUAUUGUGUGCAGAGAACAGAAAAGAGAUGGAAGACUGGAUUACUUCGUUGAAGUCGGUCCAGUCCCGAGAACAUUACGAGGCGGCCCAGUUUAACGUGGAGCACUUUUCAGGGAUGCACAACUGGUAUGCUUGUUCCCACGCGAGGCCCACUUUUUGCAACGUCUGCCGCGAAAGCCUCUCCGGAGUUACUUCCCACGGUUUGUCUUGCGAAGUAUGCAAGUUCAAGGCUCACAAAAGGUGUGCCGUUCGGGCCAUAAAUAAUUGCAAAUGGACAACAUUGACUUCAAUUGGAAGAGAUAUCAUUGAGGAUGAAGAUGGUGUAGCCAUGCCUCAUCAGUGGCUAGAAGGCAACCUUCCGGUCAGCGCCAGAUGUGCUGUGUGUGACAAAACCUGUGGCAGUGUUCUCCGCCUGCAAGAUUGGAAGUGCCUUUGGUGCAAGACACUGGUGCAUACAGCUUGCAGAGACUCGUAUCCGCGCAAGUGUCCGCUGGGCCAGUGCAAAGUCUCAAUUAUUCCGCCCACGGCACUGAACAGCAUAGAUUCGGAUGGUUUCUGGAAAGCGACCUGUCCACCCACGUGCGCCAGUCCUCUGCUGGUUUUUGUGAAUUCAAAGAGCGGAGACAAUCAGGGCGUGAAAUUCCUUCGGCGCUUCAAGCAGUCGCUAAACCCAGCUCAGGUCUUCGAUUUAAUGAACGGGGGGCCUCAUUUAGGUUUGCGGUUAUUUCAGAAGUUUGACAAUUUUCGAAUCCUGGUGUGCGGAGGAGAUGGCAGCGUUGGCUGGGUGUUGUCCGAAAUUGAUAAGCUCAACCUACACAAACAGUGUCAUUUGGGAGUGUUGCCACUUGGGACGGGAAAUGACCUUGCCCGGGUCCUCGGCUGGGGGGGUUCCUGCGACGAUGACACACAACUGCCUCAAAUCUUAGAAAAGUUGGAACGAGCCAGCACCAAAAUGUUAGACAGGUGGAGCAUCAUGUCGUACGAACUGAGGUUGCCCCCCAAGCGAUGCAUCCUUCCAGUUACUCCUGAAGAAGAUUCUGAAGACUGUCAGAUGUCCAUGUACGAGGAUUCAAUUGCAACACAUUUGACAAAGAUCCUUGAUUCGGAUCAGCACUCGGUUGUUAUAUCGUCUGCCAAGAUCUUGUGUGAAACCGUCAAAGGAUUUGUGGCCAAAGUAGGAAAGACUCCUGAGAGACCAGUGGGAAAUGCAGAAACGGACGCCAUGGCUCUUAAAUGCUCAGAACUGAAUGAGAAGUUGAGUCUAUUGCUCCAGGCUCUCCAUGCUGAAACCCAGGUUAGUCCGAGCUUUCCCCACAUGGCUACCACCCCCAUCACAGAGGAAGAACCGGACGAGUCAUCGAGCGAGGAAUCUUUGUCGGACGCCAAAGAGCCGUUGACCGAGAACAACGCAGCUUCUCCAACGCAACAGAUGUUCAAGUCCCGAGAACAGCUGAUGCUACGGGCCAAUAGUUUAAAGAAAGCUCUGAGACAGAUCAUUGAGCGAGCAGAAAAAGUUGUGGAUGAACAGAACGCACACAGUGAAGAUCAAUUAAACCAGGCCACUAUGGAGUAUAAUAAGGAGUUAGACGAAACCAAGGAAGAAAAAGACGAAGACACAAAAGAAUAUGAACCUCACCCGAUCCCGGUCGGUGUUGCCAGCAAGGAAAAUCUUCCAGUCCUGAACACCAGAAUAAUUUGUCCAGGUCUAAGAGCUGGCCUGGCUGCCUCUAUUGCAGGAAGCUCCAUUAUCAGCAAAAUGUUUCUAGCCAACAUCGAUCCAUACGGCGCUACCCCUUUUAUCGAUCCUGACCCAGAAUCGCUGGAAGGCUAUUCAGAGAAGUGCGUCAUGAACAAUUAUUUUGGCAUCGGAUUAGAUGCGAAGAUUUCAUUAGAAUUUAACAAUAAGCGGGAAGUGCAUCCUGAGAAAUGCAGAAGUAGGACGAAGAACAUGAUGUGGUACGGAGUGCUUGGUACUAAAGAGUUGUUACAACGGACUUACAAAAACUUGGAGCAGAAAGUUCAACUCGAGUGCGAUGGACAAUAUAUCCCUCUUCCAAGCCUUCAGGGCAUAGCUGUUUUGAACAUCCCAAGCUAUGCUGGUGGAACAAACUUCUGGGGUGGAACCAAGGAAGAUGAUAUCUUCGGGGCGCCAUCGUUCGAUGACAAAAUCUUGGAGGUGGUGGCCGUCUUCGGCAGCAUGCAGAUGGCUGUCUCCCGGGUGAUCAAGCUCCAACAUCAUAGAAUAGCCCAGUGCCGGGCGGUGAAGAUCACCAUACUUGGGGAUGAAGGAGUGCCCGUGCAAGUGGAUGGCGAAGCUUGGAUUCAGCCCCCGGGCAUCAUUAAAAUUGUGCACAAAAAUCGAGCACAGAUGCUAACGCGCGACCGAGCGUUCGAAAGCACGCUAAAAUCCUGGGAAGACAAACAGAAGUGCGAUUCUUGCAAACCCGGGUUACGGUCCCCAUUGUACCCGCACCAGGCGGUGGAACUGGCUUCGGAAGAAGAGACGGUGCAGAUCCAGGCUUGUUCUCAGGCAGCGGAAGAGCUGAUCACCAGAAUCUGUGAAGCUGCCAAAGCUCAUAGCCUCUUGGAACAAGAGCUAGCUCAUGCUGUGAAUGCCUGCUCUCAUGCUUUAGCCAAAGCCGGUCUGAAAUUCCCUGAGAGCCUCACCAGAAACACCGCCUUGGAAAUCGCUGCCACCGUCAAGGCGUUACAUGACGAAACAGAAUCCUUGCUGGUUGGAAAAGUCUCGUUGCAAUUGGAAUCUCCUUGUGAGGAGUUGCUGGUCUCAGCAGUACACAAUGUGGAGACUGAACUGAGAAAGUUGGCUGAAAUUCCUUGGCUCUGCUAUAUUCUACAGAUGAACGACGAUGAGGACCCUCCCUUGGAGUACUGUAAAAGAAACAGCCGCAGUACCGUCUUUCGUAUCGUGCCAAAGUUUAAAAAGGAAAAGGUUCAAAAACAGAAGACCAACACCCAGCCUGUUCAGAAAUGGGGCACGGAGGAAGUAGCGGCGUGGCUGGACCUGCUGAGUUUGGGAGAGUACAAAGACACCUUCAUCAGCCACGACAUCCGAGGCGCGGAGCUUUUGCACCUGGAGAGGCGAGACCUGAAGGACCUGGGGAUAACGAAAGUGGGUCAUAUGAAGCGAAUUCUUCAGGGAAUUAAAGAAUUCAGCCGGAGUCCACCGUUAGCGGAACUGUAACCGUGCCAGCUUCCUCUGUCGAGGAAGCACUACUUACGCAAAGGUGUUGAAGGUUGCGGGUUCCUCCCCGGCCGAGUAAAGGCCAGGUUGCGAGAAGAGCGUUCCUCUGAUCGGGGGCGAGGUUUGACGAAUGAGCGGGAUGCGGGUCCCCCAAAAAUUUUGUGCAUCUAAAAAAGAACUUUAUUGUGAGAAGUAAUCAAAAUGUCUCCAUUACGGUAAAAACAUUUCCUGGGUAGCGUUGGCGUCCCAUGGACUCUGGUAAUCCACACGGUUCCUUUCCGAUCCAGGUCCCUUUCAACGCAACGACAAAUUAUUUUACAAAAUGAGAUUGCUCUCUUUGACACACCCUUGAAGCCAGCGGUGGGAUUCAAAUACGGGAACAACCGGUUCUCUGCAUGGAUGCCACUUCUGGAAGUCCCAUCUGGGCCUGCUGGGCAUCAAAAAAUUGGCUACCGGUUCUGCCAAAGUGGUGCAAAAUGGCUGAAUCCCACCCCUGCUUGAAGUCUAACUUUAUCUGGAAUCUCUGGUGUCUGAUAGACUUGGUCCCAUCCGGGUGUUUCGGUGACGCUGGUACCUCAAACUAUAACUCUCUCGGGUUUUUCUCCCCCCCCCUUUCAUUGGCUGAAAAUAAUGUUGGAAUGCCGUGAAUGGAGACGCUAAACUCCUGGCUUUUUUGGCCCAAACCGCCUGCCUGUUUACAUGAUACUUCUUACACUUGAAAAACUUUUAUAUCUGUUUUAAUAAGGUUUAAUUUAUUACUGUUUGGGGUUAGGGGUUUUUUUUUUGUUUUUUUUUCCUUAUGUGAUGUAAAAA